GCGAGUUCGCAACCAUUUGACACCAUCUGUCAAGUAAAGGUCGAGUUAACUCUAAUUUUGAAUUAAGCGAAAUUUUGAAAAUUAUUCUAAAUUCAAAAAUUAAAUUCUCAUUACAAAUGGCACGUAACAGUAUUGAGAACGAUGACGAUAAUAUUGAUCCAGCGUCUGUGGCAUCUAAUAUUAAAAGUUCCCUAAAGCAGGAAGUGAUCAAAGAACUUCUUCAUGGUUCCUUUCAAGACAAUAAAACAAAGCUAGGCAAUGAUGCACUGUCCCUUAUCGUGGAGGUGGCUAAGUGCCUCGUCACAGAGACUUGCCUGCGAGCAUCUACUCAGGCUCUGCGUGAGUCUUGUGACAAGGUUGAACUUGAACAUGUUGAGAAAUGCUUACCACAGUUGAUGCUGGAUUUCCCAUAAAGUCAUUCAUGAUAUAUUUUAUGCAAGAAUAUAUAAUCUUUAAUGGAGAUUGAAUUUGAAUCACCUAUGUACAGAAGAUACCAUGAAAUCAUUCUUAGGUACUAGUUAUGAGAAAAUACAAAAAAUCUAAUGCAAUGGCUUACAAUCAAUACAUGAAAAAAGAAAAUAUAGAAAUAUUAAUUUACAUUAUUUAAUUUAUUAUUGGGAUAAGUCUAAAAUACUCUAGAACUGAAGAUAUAAUUAUGUUUAAGUCUUUUAUAAUGUGUGUGUUCAUGUAUGCCCCAUUAUGUAGUUUUUUUUUUUAUUAUAUGCAUUUAUGAAUUACAAAUUUAUAUUGUUGAUACUAAUAUGUACUCUGUAUUAAUAUAACAUUUCAUUCUUACAUUUUACUUUUAACUUAUUAUUUGUAGAUUUUGUGAAAAAUAUAUAUAUAUAUAAUUUAUGUAAAUUGUCUACUCUUUGUUAUAUUGACAGUAUUUCCAUUAUAUUAUUAUAUAUGAUCAUUCUAUUUAUUAACUCCGUGCUGAAUAUCACAGCUUUGAUCACGUAAAUUAUCUUUGCAGGAAUUGAGUAUCUAUUUACAAAUUUUGAAAAUGUGAAACAGUUGUGUUUGCAUGGCUGUGUUUCGGUUUGAAGAGUGGAAUAUGGCAGUUAAUUUACAGGGUACAGAGGAAUAACACCUGAGUUCUCAGGAAUGGUACCGUAUGAGAGGUAUCAUGGGCAGAACAGUAUACUUUGUUAUGUCCUUGGUACUGCUCAUGUCUAUAGGCGACGGUUACCACUUUCCAUCAGAUGGGCUGUCAGCUUGUUUGCCAUUCUAAGUUGCAUAAAAAAGCAUUCAUAAUUACUUAACAAAUAUUUUUACAAAAUAUCUCAUAUAUAAAAUACAAAUUAAUUUGGUUUAAGAACAUCAUAAUGAAGACCUCAUAAAAAAAUAUUAAUUUUUGCAAAAUAAACGUGGAAUCAAUGAAUAAAAGUGAAAAAAUGGGAAAAAAAUUUAAGUACGUGAAAGUAACAAGUAGUUAAUACAAAUUAAGCUAUCAUUCUGGUGUAGUAUUAGGCUCCUUUCUACAGCAUUUAACAGUGUAAAUCUCAUUUAACAUCAUAGUUAUUUUUAGUGCAAAGUUAAACUAAUCAAGUAAGAGAUUCUACUAGUAAAAGUAUUGUGGACUUUACCUAUAUCUUAUCUCUCACACAGUACUCACAAGAUCAAAGUUGUUCUCGAAAACUGCACUUUGGUAAUAGAAUCAGUGCCUUAAACACCUAUAAUGUACAGUCACUGUUACCCAUUUCCAAAAUAUUGACCAGUGUUGUAUUAUAGAUAUCUCCCUAUGCAUAGUACAGUGCAUGACGUCCAAAUACGAACUGUUUUUUCCUGGAUAGUGUAUGAGUAUGUAAGAAUAUGGUCCUUACUUAAUUGGACACCCCUAAGACAUAUGCCUCAUUAAAGUUAUCAAAUUACUACAGUGCAGUGGUCCUCAUGUUAAUAUUAUGUGGAAGAUCCCUUAUAUACAUCCAUUCAGUCACCACUCUUCUAUUAGAGUUUCCUAAAUAACAAUAAUAUUAUAUUAUAAUCUAAUAACGAAGAUUAUUCUAUAGUAUAUUUCACUCGUGUUUCAGCCGCUAAGUAGCUGUCCUUGCAUUAUGUUUUGGUAGCAAGGGUGGGAAAUGGCAUUGAAAUUAUAUGAUACGAAGAGAUAGCGUCUAAAUCAAAAGUAUGGUUACCACAGUAUAUAUAUUUUAAUAUUUUAUUUAACUGUAUAUUUGUUUAUGUAUUAAUAGUUGUAGCACUUCAGCUGCCCGCUAACGAAAUGCUUUCUUACUGUACUGGGUUGACUGGAAGAGAUCUCUGUCAGAGAUAAGUCCACCCAUGCUCACAACAUUUAUAAAUAGAUUAUUUUAUAUGUAACUUACAAGUGCAAUAAAGAAUAUAUAUUAUUAUUAUUCUCUGAGAUUGUCUGAUACUUUCUGUCUAUAGGCGACGGUUAUCAUUUUCCAAUAAGGCAACCGUUAACUUGCUUGCCAUAUUAUGAAUAGAAUAUCUAUAGGUUCGAAUAACUUAAACUCUUGAUAUAUAUUACCCUGAUUUUAUUUCUUGCUUUGGACUGAUAAAAGAAUUUCAAUCCAUUCCAUGACAACACAUUUAUUUUUGGAUGUUCUCUCUGUAUUAUAAUUGAUAUUAUAAUGUUGUAGAAAACUCGAAUAAAGCAAUAAACUUGUGCUCUAUCUAUAA